AUGUCAAAACAGUCUUCGGCGGUCAACAGGCCCGACGCCGCAGACCUCCUCGAGCUCCCCCCCGGCGUUCACAAAGUCGAGUGGGCCCCAGACCUUCGGUUUCCCCUCUGCGGCACCUUCACCCUCUACCUCGAGGACUACACAGUCGGCUACCUCCUUAGAAAUGACUUGCUGCGGGACAAGAGGGUGAAGUUUGUGGGGCUGCGGCAGCCGCACCCGCUGACGGCUUCGAUUGAACUGCGAAUCCAGGCGGUGGACGUCUCCCCGCUGCAGCUGUUCCUCGAGACAGUGCGGCGCCAGCGAACUUCCUUGACUUUUCUGGGGGCGCUUUUUAAGGCCGCAGUGGACGCGUACAGCAGCAGCAGCAUGAGCAGCAGCAGCAGCAGCAGCAACUUGGCGGCCAACUUGACCAGCAGCUUGGGCGACAACUUCGGCAGCAGCAACAGCAGCAGCAGCAGCAGCAACUUGAAUGAAGGCCUCAGCUCCGCAGCCAGAGCUGCGGAGGAGGGGGCCCCCCUCGCCCUCGAGGGCGAGGGGGGCCCCCCCUUGUCCUUUUGA